AUGCUUCCCAACAUGUCCUGGCUGGGCGCCCUUGCCGUUUUGCCCCAGGCUUUUGCAUACUGGCCGCACUUGUACUUCUCCUCGGCGGCAAGUCCCUCUAGCAACGUUGAGCCCGACGUGAAUGUCGAGACGCUCUACCAGUUCCCUCAGAAUGGCUCUUGGGUGUCCAAUCUCGCCUUUCGUCCAGACGGAAGCCUUCUCUUCACUCGGCUAGACGUGCCUGAAGUUUGGUUGGUCAACACCACCAGUGGUGACGCGUCUGUCGCUCACUCCUUCUCCAAUGUGACAAGCUGCUUUGGGAUCAGCGAGAUUGAGGAUGAUGUGUUCGCCGUGGUUAUUGGAAACUUUUCCACCAAGACCUACCAACCCACCCCUGGAUCGUUUUCUCUUCAGAAGUUGGACUUCAACAAUGUGGAUGUCAAGGAGGACGACCGAAUCUCAAAGCUUCCAGCAGCGUCGGAAAUCGCCGCACUUCCGGAUGCGCAGGCUCUGAACGGAAUGGCCACGCUUUCGAAGGAGUCAAAUCUGGUCCUGAUAGCCGACAGUCCCAAAGGAGCUGUUUGGAAAGUCCACACUAAAUCGGGCAACUACUCGGUCGCUUUGAACCAUACAACCAUGCUUCCAGCAGAGGGUCAGGCACUCCCUUUAGGAGUCAAUGGUUUAAAGGUGGUUGACGACUAUGUCUACUACUCUAGCACCACGCGCAUGGAGUUCUGUCGUGUCAAAGUGGACAGCGACGGAACAGCUGUGGGCGACUACGAGGUAAUUGCCAGCGGCUUCUUACCGGAUAACUUCGACGUGACCUCGGAGGGCACGGCAUACGUCGCUACAGAUCCUCAGAACUCCGUUGUCCGUAUCACUCCGAUCGGUCAGAUCUCGCUCGUCGCCGGUGGCCAGCUCUCUACCCAAAUGCCCGGUCCCACUUCUUGUCGGUUGGCUGAAGAUGGGAAGUCUCUGUACGUCGGCACAAGUGGUGGGCAGGUCGCUCCUGUGUUAGGGACAUUUCAAGAGCCCGGGAAGGUGGUGAAGAUCACACUUGAAUAA